UCGGUUUGUAUUCUGCCACGUCAAUCUGACGGAUAUAGGAGGAGGCUCCCGGGUGAAGGCGGUGCUCUUUUAGAAGAUGUUGCUGUGUGUCCUAUCCAGUUAAAGUGAGAGGGAAGUACUGAAUGACUAGAAGCAGCUCCGAAGAUCUGACAGAGACCAUGGACACCAAGAAACUUGCUGAGAGACUUACUGAAGCUGGGCAGUCUCACAUCCUGCAGUUUUGGGACCAGCUGAGCCCGGAGGAACAAGCCGAGAUGAGUCUUGAUGUGGAGAACAUGAACUUCAUUGAGAUUAAUAACUUUUUCCAAAAUGCCAUGAAGACCUCUGGUCAGAUCUCCCAGGAGAAGGUGGAUAAUAGGAUGGAGCCGGUCCCCCGAGAGGUUUUGGGCAGCGUAACACGUGAUCACGAGUGUCUUAAAGAAUGGGAAAAAGAAGGCCUGCACUGUAUAUCAGAGAACAAAGUGGCAGUUCUUCUGCUGGCUGGAGGUCAGGGGACACGGUUGGGCGUGCCAUAUCCUAAAGGCAUGUACGACGUGAGCCUCCCAUCCCACAAAACCCUCUUUCAGAUCCAGGCCGAACGCAUUCGUAGACUACAACAGCUUGCUGAGAAGCAACACGCGAGGAAGUGCUGCAUUCCAUGGUACAUCAUGACAAGUGGCAGAACAAUGAACAUGACCAAAGAGUUCUUCUCACGAAACAAAUAUUUUGGUCUGAAGGAAGAAAACGUGAUAUUCUUUCAGCAAGGCAUGCUUCCUGCUAUGGACUUCAAUGGAAAAAUUAUUCUAGAGGACAAAGGCAAACUAGCAAUGGCACCAGAUGGAAAUGGUGGACUGUACAGAGCUUUGGGCACACAGAAAAUAGUUGAAGACAUGGAGAAGAGAGGAAUAUCCUACAUCCAUGUCUACUGCGUGGACAACAUCCUUGUAAAAGUAGCCGACCCUGCUUUCAUUGGCUUCUGUUCACUCAAAGGAGCAGACUGUGGUGCAAAGGUUGUAGAGAAGACAAAUCCCACAGAGGCAGUGGGCGUGGUCUGUAAAGUAGAUGGGCGUUAUCAAGUCGUGGAGUACAGCGAGAUCACCUUGCCAACGGCGGAGAAGCGCAGCCCCGAUGGACGUCUCAUGUUCAACACCGGCAACAUAGCCAAUCAUUUCUUCGCCCUUCCAUUCCUUAAGGAGAUUGUGAGGACUCACGAGCCGCAGUUGCAGCACCAUGUGGCACAGAAGAAGAUUCCCUAUGUGAACCCGCAAGGACAGCUAAUCAAACCUGACAAACCCAAUGGGAUUAAGAUGGAAAAAUUUGUCUUCGACAUAUUCCAGUUUGCCAAAACAUUUGUGGUAUAUGAAGUUCUGAGAGAAGAUGAGUUUUCUCCUUUGAAGAAUGCAGACAGUCAGGAUGGGAAGGACAACCCGACUACAGCUCGCCACGCCCUCAUGUCCCUGCAUCACCGCUGGAUCUUAAAUGCUGGAGGUCAUUUCGUUGAUGAGAACGGAACUCGCAUACCUGCUAUACCUAGACAUGGACCAGCAGGGACAGUCACACCUGAAGUCAGCCCGAACCUCAAGGACGGAACAGACCUGCCAAUCAAAUGCGAAAUCUCCCCUCUUGUAUCUUAUGGUGGUGAGGGGUUGGAACAUUUGGCGAACGGACGUGCUUUCCAACCCACUCUGACGAUCGAUGAGAAUGGCGUCCACGAGCUCGUGAAGAACGGGCUGUAAACCCGGAGCUCUCUGCUGCACCUAAAAACCAAAAUGAAGUCAUCUUCAUCUUACUUCCUGUCAGGGUGGAGGAAACUGUGAAAUUCCUGUGCAAUAAAAAUGAAGGAAGGGGCCACCUGGCCAGUCAUAAUCGAACCGUUUUAUGAUCAAACUAUUUAUUUAUUUUAUAUCGGUGCACAUUGUUUCGUUUUUUAUUUCUAGAACUAAGACAUAAAUGAUACACAAUGUGUGGGUUAAUUAAAAUACUUACAGUUGCAUGAAUGGAUACUGCUACGAUUUUAGGUACUACCUGCUUUAUUUGGUACAUUCUAUGUAAAACUAUAGUAGAAAUGUUUUGUCUGCUCUAUGCAUCUGUCUGUCAGUGGCAGGUAUGUUUUUCUUCCAGAAAGUGACAUUGAAUCAGACAUCGAAGCCCUUUUGGAAGUUUGUGAUCUUUGACUCUCCCAUAUUCUCCUCUUCCUCGCUUAUGCACUUGUUGUGUCUUUCUUGUUAUCUUUAGCAUCUUCUUUUGGAUUAGUCAUUCUCCUGAGCUAUAUAGCAGUAUAUUUGUGCACAUGCUUGUAUAAAAGAAUUAAUUUUGAGUCAUUUUGUCAGUCACCUUUAUUUAUUGCAGUUUCAAAUAACCAUGUUAAACUUUAGCUUCAGUGUUUGGUCAUUUUUUGAUUUGCCCCAUAUUUGCACACAGGGGUUAAAAAUGAACUUAGUUUCUCAUAGGUAUUUGAGAAAUUGGAAUCAUCCACAUUGCUGAAAUGUGUUUUUCUGUAUCACUUUUUACUCUACUCUCCAGAGACAGACAUGAAUGAUGGCCAGAUUCAAUAAUGUGAUUAGUAUAAACAGACAUGCUUUCAAAAUCUGCUACAAGCAUAGAAAAUACUAAGCGUAAGAAUUUGUUUUUCACAAUUCUUGUUUUGAAUUGCUUUGGAAUCACACUAAUCAUUCAUCCUUGUGUUCCUUUUUAGCAUGCAUCAGUAAAAAAAUGAAUGAAAACUUAAAGUGACCAGGACCAAGGCAAAAUAUCCAUACAAUUAAACGUAUUAAGAAUUUAGAGAAUUAUUUCUGUUUAAUUGUAAAAUGUCAAGGACGAAAAUUAAAAAUUGAACAAGACUCUAAAUGCAAGUGUUUAGAGACUGGGUGCUUGGGGUUCAGAAGAGAAGAUGACUUAGCAAUAUGUACUUAGACAAGUUUCAUAAACCCAAGUUACAGGUCUGUGCAAGAAAUAUUGUAAAGGUUAGCAGCAUGUAUGGUAAGUUGUAGGUUUUCAAUUAUACUUAAAUUAAGUGCAGAAUAUUUAUUUUCUCAAAUAAAUUUUAAAUAACAGUU